AUGAAGGGGCUCUUCUCCAAGGGCUCCAAGAGCAAUGGGGCUGCCACCGCCCCCUCGACCACCGCCGCGCCCGUCAAGAAAGAGCUGACUCCGCAGAUCUCCCCGCUGGAGAAGCGGUUGCAAGAUAUGGGCUCGAUCCGCGACGAUGGCAGUGACAAGUUCUUUGGCAUGGAGAACUACGGAAACACAUGCUACUGCAAUUCGAUUUUGCAAUGUCUUUAUUACUCCGUUCCCUUUCGCGAAGCCGUGAUUAACUACCCGCAACGCACGCCGCUGGACAGCCUCGAAGCCGCUCUCGCCACCAACCUCCGAUACCAGAACCCCAACGCACACCUGGAAGCCGAGGCGCUUGCCGCCAAACAAAAGGCCUCUUCGCCUCCAUCAGCGCGCCAAGCAGGUGUUCCUCCAAAUCAGCCGCAAAAGCCCGAAGACAAGGACUCACCGGAAUACAAGAAGAAGGUCGCCCUCCAGACCCUUCCGAUCUUGGAGACAAAGAACAAUGCGACUAGCUAUGGAAUGUCUGAGUCACUGUUCACUUCGCUCAAGGACAUCUUUGAGUCCGUGGUGGGAAGUCAGUCGCGGAUCGGAGUGAUUCGGCCGCAACAGUUCCUGGAUGUGUUACGGCGGGAGCACGAAAUGUUCCGGACUGCCAUGCAUCAAGAUGCGCACGAGUUCUUGAACUUGCUGCUCAACGAGGUAGUGGCCAAUGUUGAAACGGAGGCAACCAAGCAAGCAUUCAGCGAGAAGGCUUUGCCACCAACGGAAAGCGCAGACUCGUUGGGAAUGUUGACGCCCAGCACAGGAUCGAAGUCACCCAACACGACGAGAUGGGUUCACGAGCUGUUCGAGGGAACUCUGACAUCUGAAACCAAGUGUCUUACUUGUGAAAAGGUCUCACAACGAGACGAGGUGUUCCUGGACUUGUCCGUGGAUCUCGAGCAGCAUUCAUCCGUCACAUCAUGUCUUAGGAAAUUCUCCGCGGAAGAGAUGCUUUGCGAGCGGAACAAGUUCCACUGCGACAACUGCGGUGGACUCCAAGAAGCCGAAAAGCGUAUGAAGAUCAAGCGCCUGCCACGUGUGUUGGCUUUGCAUUUGAAGCGUUUCAAAUAUACAGAGGAUCUGCAGCGAUUGCAAAAGCUGUUCCAUCGCGUUGUCUACCCCUACCAUCUCCGUUUGUUCAACACUACAGAUGACGCCGAGGACCCAGACCGACUCUAUGAACUGUACGCGGUGGUGGUCCACAUUGGCGGCGGACCAUACCACGGCCAUUAUGUCGCCAUUAUCAAGACAGAGGACCGUGGCUGGCUGCUGUUCGAUGACGAGCUGGUGGAGCCGGUUGACAAGAACUACGUCCGCAACUUCUUCGGCGACCGCCCAGGACUGGCCUGUGCCUAUGUUCUGUUCUACCAAGAGACCACAAUGGAGGCCGUGAUGCGCGAGCAGGCUCAAGAAGAUCUGGCCUCCGCCACUGGCACCGCUGAGGCUGGUGAAGCGAAACAGAACGGGUCACCAUUGUCACCGCCCCUGGCACACGUCCAAAGCGCCGGCCAAGUCCCUUCGCACGAUACUCCGUUCUCACCUAUCAACCGAAUCCCGACGGCACCCCAGUUGUCCACUCACCAAGAAGCCCCAGAGCAUGAAACUCCACCCCUGUCCAUUCAAUCACCAGUGCAGCCCGUUCAGCCUCCACUUCCCCCGAUUCCUGAUGAGCCCACCCCUUCGCUCAGCCCGAAGAAGAGUGACUUCCAGCUUCGGCGGGAAAAGGCGAAAGGGGAAAAGGAACGGGAGAAGGAACGUCGUGCUGCAGAGAAAGAAAAAGACAAGAAUGAAAAGCUCCGCCAAAAGGAACAGGAUCAGCACAACCGAGAAAUGCAGAAACGCGAAGCUGAUGAGCUGGAAAAGGCUCUCAAGGCUAGCAAGCUCGAUAUGAACGACCUUGGUGCUGAAAAUGGAUCACCCCGGAAGUCAGGCUUCGGUUUCCUCCGACGAGGCAGCCGCAGCAUCAGCCAACGCCUCAACAAGGAAAAAGAACCUCGUCUCUCCACAUCCGAUAUUUCAGUUACAGCUCCUGUUCCAGAACCCGUCCCAGAAGCCCCAGAGGUACCCCGCAAAGAGGUCCCUCGCAAGGACGUACCACGCAAGUCAGAGUCACUCCAGUCUCCAAUGUCUCCAAUGUCCGCAAUGUCACCCAAAGACAUCCCUCUAUCCAACAAGCAACCUCUCCGCGGCCCAGACCCCCUGACAAAAGACCAUAACGUCAGCCACGAAAAGACUGGGUCUACUCACCGGUGGAGAUCCUUCAGUUUCAAAAAGAACGUCAACAGCGUCUCUUAG